ACCAUAAACCAUCACAGGCACUUAGACAUUGAUCGAGUUAUCAACGAGACUAGCUUAAUCAUUCUGCUUUGCGCGUGUGGUCCAGUAACUGCUGCAUAGCAAAAUGGUAGGCAAGGCCUCGAUCGCGCUGUUCCUCGCCGUCAACCUGGUCGUGUUUGCCAUGGCCAGCGCCUGCGGGGGAAACUGCCCCACGCCAUCGACCCCGUCAACGCCUACCCCGACGCCGGCGGCGUUCGGCAAGUGCCCCCGCGACGCGCUGAAGCUGGGCGUGUGCGCAAACGUGCUGGGCUUGAUCAAGGCCAAGGUCGGCGUGCCGCCCGCCGAGCCGUGCUGCCCGCUGCUGGAGGGGCUCGUCGACCUCGAGGCGGCCGUGUGCCUCUGCACUGCCAUCAAGGGCAAAAUCCUCGGCAUCAACCUCAACCUGCCCAUUGACCUCAGCCUCAUCCUCAACUACUGCGGCAAGACCGUGCCAACUGGAUUCAAGUGCCUCUAAGCUAAUGGAUGCAUAUGUCUCCUUCCUGCGUGCUAGGAGGGCAUCCUUCUUUUCUUUUUACCGUUCGUUUUAAUCCUGGUUUACCUUCUUGGUUGCUACUACGUGUGCUAGCCUGCUAGGUCUAGCACACGCGCAAGUAUGCAUGCAUGGAUAGAUCAGUCGCAAAGCAUGUGCGCACGUAGCCGGUUUCACUUGACUCCGUUUUUUCGUUGUUUCCUGGCGUGUCCCUGUGAACUAUUUGGAUUAUUUAUUUUUACUCGGCAAUCGGAUUGUACGAAUAAAAAUU